AUGGCAUUCUUCGAUUGGGCAAUGGCUUCCAGCAGACCAUUGUCAGAUAGAGAACUCCAGGAGGAAAUUGACAAUAUGAGUGACAUGAAUGAUUCUGAUUUCGAUAGUGACGACAGUAUAGCAGAUGAAACGUUCACCUGCAAUUCUGGAUCAGAAAGUGAUGACAGUAGCGAUAGUAAUGGAUCUUCUCCAGUGGCGUCCGAUGAAGAUAUAGCCAAUAAUAUUCCAAAUCCCAAUAAUCUCGACACUAUUCCGUGGUCAAGUACAGUCAAGAUGUUGCAGCGACAUCAGUUUACUGGAAAAUCAGGGCUUCUGAAAAACAUUAUACGCUUUGAUGGUUCUGAUGGUAAUGUGCGCCCUGUGGACAUAUUUCUUUCUUUUAUAAAUAACGAAGUUCUGGAGCUAAUGGUGCAAGAAACUAACAGAUAUGCUCAACAAUUUUUGAACAAUAGGCAACUGCGAAGAUCAAGUAGACUUCGGAGAUGGAAAAAUACUGAUAUCUCCGAAAUGAAAAGAUUUGCCCUACUACUAAAGUGUUGGCAUUUUGUUGACAAUAAUCUUCACAGGGAUAAUGAAUCACGUACAUACAAGGUUCAGCCUUUGAUAGAUAUGGUGCUUUCAAACAUAAGGCAAACAUAUUGUGCUGGUGAAAUUGUAGUUAUCGAUGAAACUAUGAUUCCUUUCAGAGGAAGGUUAAAAUUUAGACAAUACAACCCCUCAAAAUCUAGCAAAUAUGGUGUAAAGAUCUAUAAAUUAUGCACCACAAAGGGAUUUACGUAUUCCUUUUCUAUUUAUUGUGGAGAUGAUCCCAAAAUUCCUGAGUUAGACCAGCCUGGAUCUGUUGUAGUAAAUUUAGCUGAAGGCUUAUUGAAUGAAGGACGGCUAAUCAUAACUGAUAAUUUUUACACCAGUAUUCCUCUAGCUAAAUAUUUGCUAGGUCGUCCCACAGAUCUUUGUGGGACUCUACGGAAAAAUCGGAAGGGGGUUCCAAAAGAAGUUGUUAAGACCAAUUUGAAAAAAGGGGACAUAAUCGCUAGACAAAGAGACAACAUAACAGUUUUGAAGUGGCAUGAUAAGCGUGAUGUUUGCAUGUUAUCAACUUGCCAUGGGAAUGAUAUUGCAGAUACAGGGAGAAAAAAUAAAGAAGGGGUUUCUGUAACCAAGCCCAAAGUCAUUUUAGAUUACAACUCAGGAAAGCAGGGAAUUGAUGUAUCGGAUCAACUUAGUAGCUACUACUCACCAGUUCAAGAAAUAAUUGAAUAUCUUCUUGAAGUAGCUAAAACAACAACCCAGACUGAAGCAUCCACUGGUGAGCACUUCAUGUCAAAAAUACUAAGAAAGGACGACGGUAAAAUUAUAAGAAAAAGAUGCCAUGAAUGCUACAGAAAAAACCAAAGCGAACAUGGAACCCUGUUUGCUACCAAAAAAACUAAGCAAGUAGAUACUUACUGUUCCAUAUGUAAUAAGCCAUUUUGUCUAUCUUGUUUUGCUGUAACGCAUAAAAAUAAAAACCAGAACUGA